GGCUACGGCUCGACGAUCUUUCUUUUUUUGAAAAUGGUGGAUCUAACCCAAAACCACUGGGAGAGAGAGGGAACUCCAUCACGAACAGGAACAUCAAUACGACUGCACUGAAUUCGAUCCCGUUUUUGUUCAUUUUUCCCCCACAAAAUAGGUUUUUAUGGCGCGGCGCGUGACAAACAGCUCUCCGCCGGUACAGAUGUAUCGGUUGCAGCCGGACGCGUUGCCGCGGCCGACCAACAACGCCAUGUGUGUUCGGGACACGGUCAUCACCACCUCCAUGAGCGUGGCGCCGAGCGUGACUAACGACUGCGCAGUCCCGCUCUGGGUCAACUUUGAGCCGGUGGACCGGAGGAGCAUCUUGCUGCAACAGGGUAAGACGAAUUUCAGCUCGGGCGGAAGUAGUAGUAGUUCCUCUUCUACCAAGACCAGUAGAGAUGGCUCCAAGCAAACUGCUGAAGGAGACCCGUCUACUACUACUGCGAAGCACCGGACUGCACCUGUCGUCACGAUGGGCGCCCGCGCACCGCUCCGGUGUCCGGCGUGUGAGUGUUUCGUCACGUCGUUUUUCGAGAUGCACCUGACGGACAACAACCGAGACGGCGAGUACGACAUUACCUGCGCCCUCUGCACGGAGCGGUUCCACGUGAGUGACCCCAAUCUGAAGUACCGCAUGAUUUUUGAAGCCCAGAGUGCGGAAGACGAGGAUGUUGAUCUUCUUCCGCCCUACGAGUGCGUGGAUUACGAGGUGGACAAGUUGCACGACGACGACCCGGUGAAGUAUACCGAUACCGGCGUGGGCGGCGCAGACUCCGCGAACUACUGCGAGCCGGCGCCGGUGUGCCUCGUGGUGGACCGCAGUCUGCUAGGCUCGGUGGGGGAAUGGCUCCUGCAGUACGUCGCCACGGAAGAGGUGGAACAGUUGCACGCCGAGCGAGGCGGAAACGGCGUGGGAACAACAACAGCUUGGGCAUUGAAUCCAGCAGACUACAUGGUGGAAAGUAAAGAGCAGCGCGACCACUUGCAACUGGUACAACAGGAACAGCAGGCGCAAGAACUGAUCGACUGCGCCAAGCAAGGACGGGAAGCAACCAAGCCAAGGCGCGGCAGCGUUUUCUCGGACAAUUCCUUCAGUACGACCUCGGAAAACGAAGGAGGCAGCACCACGGUUCCAUCCAGUGACUUGGAAGUGAGUUCCAAUUUUUCUCCUGUGAAAACAGUGGAUUUGUUGUCCUGCUCGGCCUCUUCUGCUUCGUCCGCUUCAAGCAGCAGGUCUGCGGCUGAGAUGAAUGCGAGCAGGGUUCUCUUUCCUGGUGCGGAAAGUGACGAAAAUAAGACACAGGAUCGUAACGGCGUUGUGGACGGCAGCAGGAACUACAAAACAUUGCAUAAUUGCUCGAAUAGCACAGAAGAUGGAACUGCACAAACGGGGCGAAGAGAUUCUGUGGUCAAAAACGAGCUUCCGUCCAAGAAUUCCAGCGGUGAUGACGAGUCACUGUUGUUCGAGAAUCUUCGCAUUGUCCUGGUCGUCUACGACAGUGAGAGCGUCUAUUUCCUGAAGCGGUCCGAGCGCGACGAGUUUGGGCUUGCUGUCUGUCCUCACACGGACGCC